AUGGCAACUCAGUCACCGUUGCUGGGGCAGCGCAAGGUCACGUGGGUGGUGGAGCUGGGCGACGCACCGGCGCAUGCCCAUGCCCCGUACGAGCGGCACGUUAACCACAGCAAAUACGAACGGGAGGAUGUGCAAAAGAAAACUUUCGCAAAAUGGAUAAACUCGCAGCUAGAGAAGAACGACAAGCCCCCCGUGCAGGACCUGGUGUCGGAGCUACGUGACGGCGAGGUGCUGCUGUCCCUGCUGGAGAUCCUCACCGCGCAGCAAUAUAAACGCGAGCGGGGCCGCAUGCGCGUGCACCAGAUCAACAACGUGAACACCGCGCUGCAGGUGCUGGAGGCCAACGGCGUGAAGCUCGUCAACAUCAGCAGCAACGACGUCGUCGACGGCAACCCCAAGCUCAUCCUCGGUCUGGUGUGGAGCAUCAUCCUGCACUGGCAGGUGCACUAUCACCUGAAGGAGCUGAUGUCGGAGACGCAGCAGACCAACCUCGAAAAGACGCUGCUGGCCUGGUGUCGCACGCAUACACAGAAGUACCCUGGCGUGUCGGUGCGCAACUUCACGUCGUCGUGGAGCGACGGUCUGGCGCUGAACGCGCUGCUGCACAGCUGCCGGCCGCAGGUGUUCUCGUUCCGCGCCGCGCAGGCGCUGCAGCCCGCCCAGCGCCUCGACCACGCCUUUCGGCUGGCCUACACCAAACUGCAUAUCCCGCGCCUUCUCGAUCCGGAGGACGUGAACACACCGAGUCCCGACAAGAAGUCCAUCAUGAUGUACCUAAUGUGCGUGUUCCAAUCCGUGGGCCGCGAGGCCUCCGACCCCGACCCCGACCCGGAGCCUGAGGGGGAGGGGGAGGGGGAGGCGCAGGGGGAGGGGGAGGGGGAGGGGGAGGUCGCCGACCAGGACAUAGAGACGGAGGUAGAGGCCGCUACCAGGCCUUUAUCCUCCGCUACUGCCGCCUCAGUAGAAGUGGGCGGGUACAGUUCUGCGUUGGAAGAUGCCCUGGCCUGGCUGCUGGAUGCGGAGGAGCGGCUAAACAACGCGCCGCCGCUGCCCGACGAACUGCCCGCCCUCAAGGAACACUUCCAUGCCCACGAGAAGUUCCUGCUGGAGCUGUCGGAGGGCCAGUCCCGCGUGGGCGGCGUGCUGGAGCUGGGCGGGCGCCUGGUGGGCGGGGGCGGGCUCUCCCCCGACGAGGCCAACGAGCUGCGGCUCCAGGCCCGCCUGCUGGCCCAGCGCUGGGACUGUCUGCGGCACCACGCCAUGGCCGCGCAGGCCCGCCUGCAUCGCGCGCUCAUGGCCACGCAGCACCGCCAGCUGGCCAGCUUCAAGCAAUGGCUGACGUCGACGGAGGACCGCAUGUCCCGGCUGGGGUCGCUGGGCACGGCGCCGCACGCGCUGCACGCGCAGCUGCACGCGCUGCACGCGCUGCACCACGACCUGCGCGCGCACCAGCCCACCGUCGACGCGCUCGCCGACGCCGUCGUGGUCGUCGACGACGCGCAGCCCGCGGACGACGGUGAGUGUGUGUCGCACGCGCCGCACGCGCUGCACGCGCAGCUGCACGCGCUGCACGCGCUGCACCACGACCUGCGCGCGCACCAGCCCACCGUCGACGCGCUCGCCGACGCCGUCGUGGUCGUCGACGACGCGCAGCCCGCGGACGACGGUGAGUGUGUGCCGCACGGCGCCAAGGGUAUGUAG